AUGGACUAUGAAACAAACCUUAUUUGUGCAGGUGUGUUUGCAGAUGUUUGGAAGUUACAUGUAGAGUCUGAAAUGAAGGCUCUGGUCUCGUCUUGUGUCGUGUUGCCUUGUUCAUUCAAAUAUCCAGCUCAACAACAGCCCUCUGAUCGUAUUAGAGCUAUGUGGCACAUGAAGAGCAACUGGGAUUUCAUUUUUCAUAAAGAUCCUACAAUGCUUAAAGACAGUUUCAGAGGUCGCACCAAACUGCUUGGUUCACUGGGUGAUUCCAACUGCACCUUGGAGAUUGAUGAAGUCAGAAACCAUGACAACGGCCCGUAUUGUUUUAGGGUUGAAUUAGAGACAUCUAAAAAAGACAAGUACUCCUUUGUGAAUAACUGUGUGUCAGUUAAGAUGAUUGAACAAGCAUCAAAACCAGAGCUGCAGGCUGAGCAGUCUCUGCAAGAGGGUGAACCUGCAGUCUUCAAAUGCUCUGUCAAGCACACCUGUCCAUCCCACCAGCCCACUCUCACCUGGAGCCAUUCUGGAAACACCAUCAUGGGCUACAAGAACAUUGGUCAUGGAAACUGGGAAGCAGAGUCUCUCCUGACCUUCACCCCAACAAAAGAGGAUGAUCACACCUCUGUCACAUGCACAGUCAAGUACCAUGGGAAUGUCCAGGGUGAAAUGACAGCGACUUGCCCUAUCUUUGUGAAGGAACAAGCAAAUCUCAGCCACAUUUACAUACCAAUUAUCUCUGGUCUUGGAGCUUCUCUUUUGGUUGGAUUAUUGUGUUGCUUCAUUUUUAUCAGAUGUGUGUAA